AUGGACGACACCACCCCGGCCCAACAAAAUGACAAGAACAAUGCUCUCACCACCACUGCCACCACAGGACCCUCCACCAAAGAGGAGCAAUUCGACCUCUUGGUGCAGGACCCUCCACCAAACGAAGCAGAAGAGAGACGGCUGCGCAACAAGAUUGACAGAGUGAUCUUGCCUCUUAUGGCGCUCGUGUUUUUUUCUCAGUACGUCGACAAACAAAGCUUGAGCUAUGCCGCGGUCUUUGGUCUGGUCACCGACCUUGAUCUGCAUGGUAGACAAUACUCAUGGCUGAGCUCCAUCUUUUACUUGGGCCAGCUGCUCUCAGAGUUUCCCUUUAUCUAUCUGAUGAGUCGACUGCCUCUGGCUAGAUUUGUCGGAGUUACAGUGAUCAUCUGGGGCAUCAUUUGCAUGUGUUUGGCCGCUUGCAAUUCUUUCUCUUCGAUGAUGGGUGUGAGGUUCAUCCUGGGCUUUGCCGAGGGAGCUGUCCAGCCUGCGUUCGUCACCUUGACGAGUAUUUGGUACAAGAAGAGAGAACAUCCUAUGCGGAUCGGUAUCUGGAUUAGCUGCAAUGGCCUGGCCCAGGUCUUGGGUGCAUUGAUGAUGUACGGCAUCGGCAAAAACCCAACCGCUAUUGCUGCCUGGAGAAUUAUGUUCCUCGUCUGCGGUGCCAUUACAAUCUUCGCGGGUAUUCUGUUCACCCUGGCCAUGCCCAGUGGUCCGGAAUCUGCCUGGUUUCUCACGCCAGCCGAACGCAUCGCCGCGAAGAAACGACUCCAGCUUGAGAGUGAGGGAGGUGACCGGACCAACUUUGCUCCUGGCCAGCUCAAGGAGGCUCUCUUGCAGGUCCGCACCUGGCUCAAUCUGGGAUUCGGCAUUCUUAUCACCCUUCCCGCUCCUGUCCUUGUGUUUGCCUCCUUGAUCAUCAACUCUCUCGGCUACGACAAAUACGAGACCAUGCUCUACACCUCUCCUUCCGGCGCCGUCCAGAUUUUCUUCAUCUGGGUCGGCAUUGCCUUGUGCUUCAUCUGGCCCAACCGACGGUGCUGCAUCAUCGUGGGGCUCGUCAUGAUUCCCCUGACGGGCAUCAUUUUGCUUUUCACCCUCCCUCUGACGGCAGGAUGGGGGAUGAUCGUUGCAUCAUGGCUGGCCUCCGUCAUCUCAAACAUAUUCAGUCUGGUUCUGAGCCUCAGCGCAUCCAACGUGCGAGGAAAUACCAAAAAGGCCGUCGUCAAUGCCUUAUUUUUCAUCGGGUACGCGGCUGGCGCCGUCAUCGGCCCACUCCUGUGGGACUCGAACUAUGCGCCCCGAUACCAACAGGGUCUCAUCCUGGCACUUGUCAGCUGGAUUGUCUUCGUUCUGGCGGUCAUUGGAUACUGGUACAGUUGCUAUUGGGACAACAGGAAAAAGGCGAAUUUGGGCGGGGUCUCUGUGGUUUACACCGAUGGCAGGGAGGUCACUGACAAGGGUGACCCGACCUUCAGGUACACUUAUUGA